AUGGCGGCCAUACAAAUUUCCGAUGAUAUUUUGGAGGGAAUCAAGGACAAGGUGGUUUUCAUUACUGGUACGCCUACUCGAUAUUCUAUCACGAUCAACAAUGGGUCGAAUUCACUGAUGGAAGUAGGUGGUCUCUCGGGAAUCGGGAAAGCGACUGUAGAAUUAUGUCUCAAACAAGGCGCGAAUGUGAUCAUCGGUGACCUGAACUCUCCACCUUCGGAUUUCGAGACCUCAGAGAAAUUGCGUUUUAUAAAAUUGGAUGUUUGCUCAUGGGAUGACCAGCUCGAUGCAUUUAUUCAGAUCGAAAAAUGGUUCGGUCGAAUUGACCACGUCUUCGCCAAUGCAGGCAUCGGACCCACGAUCAAUUUCAUGGAUGACGGCCUUGAUGAAAAUGGCCUACCUACCCCUCCCGAUUUACGGACGAUCAAUAUCGAUCUUCUAAGUGUCGUCUUCACCGUUCGUCUUGCAACACAUUACAUCCAGAAGCAUUCCGCUCAUCGUGCAUCUGGCGAACUGGGAAGUAUCGUGGUGAUUUGUUCUGGGGCUUCCUUCCGGGAUUUCAGCGCCGGUGAUUACACGAUCGCGAAACACGGUAUUCUGGGACUCGUCCGCGGGAUAGGGAGUCAGGUUGAGGGAAAGGUUCGGCUUAAUGCUGUUGCGCCCUCUUGGACGGCAACUAACAUCACUAAUACGCCUUUCAUUGAGAGGCUUGGUGUCCCGGUUCAAGGACCGGAAGCUGUGGCCCGGAGUGUAGUCCUUCUUUUCAACGAUCAUCAGCGCCAUGGGGAUGUUAUAUACAGCUGGGAUGGGAACUAUUUGGAAGUUAACAAUGCAGAAGGUGGAUUGCUGGCGGCUACGGAUGGAAUCCUUGCAAAUCCAGAUAAGGAGGAAACCGUUGUGCUCAAGCUCAGAGAAGCGAAGAUUAUCUUCUAG